AGAAAUUAAACUAAGUCCCAAAAGACCGAGCGUUUCACUUCAUCCUCCUCCACCUUCAAAGCUUCACCGUCGCCACUAAUGGCGUCUUCUCCAGCGCUUCUCCACUCCAGCGCCUCCUCAUUCCACUCCCGAUUACCAGUGCAUUCCGUGCCCUUGCCGGCCGGAAACCUCAAGUGUUGGCGUCGCAGCCUAUGUGUGAAGGCUGCGACAGGGUCCUCAGGGAUAGUUCUGGUGGAAAAAACGGAAUCGGAAAAGACUAACCGGCUCAAGACUUCAUACCUCGAAAAAAUUGUUCCUUUGCUCAAAGAAGAAUUCAAUUACAAGAAUAUUCUCGAGGUUCCGAAGAUUGAAAAGAUAGUAGUGAACUGUGGAAUCGGGGAUGCUGCACAAAAUUCCAAGGGUUUGGAUGCUGCAUUGAGUGAUUUGGCUCAAAUUACAGGGCAAAGGCCUGUGAAGACUAGGGCAAAGAAGGCUAUUGCCACAUUCAAGAUAAGAGAAAAUCAGCCUCUUGGAAUUGCUGUCACUCUUAGAGGAAAGGUAAUGUAUGCAUUUCUAGAUCGCCUCAUCAAUCUGGGGCUUCCUAGGACAAGGGAUUUUCAGGGUGUUAGCCCCAACAGUUUUGAUGGCCACGGGAAUUACAGCAUUGGAUUUCGUGACCAGAGUGUGUUCCCAGAGCUAACCUCUGAUAUACUUGGGAAGCCAAGAGGAAUGGAUGUUUGCAUUACUACAACUGCCAAAACCGAUAAAGAAGGGCAGCGAUUGCUGGCUCUGAUGGGAAUGCCAUUCAGGGAGGGUGGCGGUGGCCCAGUAACUGAGGUCCGAAAGAAGAAGCUCAAGUCUCACCACUUCGACUCAAAAGCAAAGCAAAAAGCAAGGAAAUGAGUAUUGUUCUUUUUCCCGAGGGAUCAAGAAGUUGUAACGCGUUCUGUACUUCUGUUUGUUUGUUAAUUAAUCAUUCAACAUGAAUGAUGUGUAGUUAAACAAUCAACUAGCACAUUGCUGUAAUAUCUACAUUUUUAUUGUUCAUUGCAGUGCUGAUAUCUAAUGAAAUUUUGCUGCAAUUCUACAUC